AUGGCAAAACAGAAGGGUCUGGAGAAUCUUGCUCUGGCCCAAAUGGCCAGAGUCAAUAGUCCUAGUGCUCCACAGGACGCUCAUAAGCUGCUGAUUUGCCUGAAAGAGAAUCAAAAGCAGCUUGGGAAUGUAAGCCCAGAUGUGAAAAGGAAACGGCAGGAAAUGACUACAUCUGAGAUAGAAAAUCAAGGUCAAGGUAAGAAAAGUAAAGAUGUUCCAUCCAUGUCUAAUCAGGAAAAUGAGAAUGGCAGUGGUUCUGAAGAAGUGUGCUACACUGUCAUUAAUCAUAGGCCCAAUCGAAGACCCUCCCAGAGCUCCAACGAUGAUGGUUAUGAGAACAUUGCAAAGAGAGUGAGACCAUUAAGAGAAGGGUCAGAAACAGAAUAUGCCCUUCUCAGGAGAGCUUGCACUACUAGGUCUUCCUUCUGUACCCCUGAGCAUGAGCAUGAUUAUGAACUUGUGCUUCCUCACUAGAACACUCAUGCCUCAUCAUCUUCCGGCAAUAAAGAUGACAGAAUACUGGC